AUGGUUACCUCUCGUUUUGUAACCAUUGAUGGUGUCGGAUAUGUUCCUCAAAAUGAUGAGAUGUCUUUGAAGAAAGCUGUUUCUCAUCAACCUAUAGCUGUAGGACUUGAAUUCUAUAACUUAUCAUUCACUGGAAAGCGUGUGUUUAAUGGACUAUUUUGUUCGAUUCCAAACCACAAUGUGCUAAUCGUUGGGUAUGGAACAUCAGAAGAAAAAGGAGACUAUUGGCUUAUUCAUAAUUCAUUCGGACCAGCGUGGGGAGACGAGAUAUAUUUUAGGCUAAAACGUAGUAACAUCCAAAAUUCAGGCGGGAUAUCUGGGAUCACAUAUAAUCCUGUAUACCCAAUCAAGUUGUUCUCGUCAUCUGAUUUGUUGUCUCCGAAUGUAAAAGAUACAGAGGAGAGAAGAUGA